GCAUGCUGCAGUGGGUUUCCCCAGUGUCGUUCGUCAUCGGUGGCACAUUAAACAGAGCUCCAGCCACGCGAUAAAACUACUGGCGGCACUCUCAGCUAUCAUUAACCUGGUAAUUCCAGAACCUUGCUGUCCACCUCCGUCUCACACCACCACUACCUACCUUACCUACAAACCCGAGAUACCAGAGUCGCCCGCUGCCGCACAAUUCACGACCAUAUACCUACUUCUAUUCAGGAUACCAGUUUUCUUGUUCCUUCAACUAAAUACACCCAGCUUGUCAAAAUGACACAACUUCCCUAUGCAGUGGAUGCGGAAACUCCGCUCAACCCCGCCGAGCUCAAUGUUCUCCGGGCGCAAUAUGAGAAGGAGGGAGAGAUGGUUGGCGUCCAGACCAAGUUCAACUACGCAUGGGGCCUAGUAAAGUCCAACGUACGAGCCGACCAACACCUCGGUGUCAUGCUGCUAUCAGAAAUCUUCCGAACAUCGCCCGAGCGCCGCCGCGAAUGCCUAUACUACCUCGCCCUCGGCAACUACAAGCUCGGUAACUACGCGCAAGCGAGGAAAUACAACGACGCCCUCCUAGAAAACGAGCCGGCAAACCUCCAGGCCGCCAACCUCCGAGCCCUGAUUGACGACAAGGUGACCAAGGAGGGCUUGAUGGGAGUGGCCAUCAUUAGUGGUGUGGCGGUUGCCGCCGGUGUCAUAGGAGGCGUUUUGCUCAGGAACUUGGGCCGCAAGAGGUAGUGGGUAGGAGGGUGAGCCGGUCGCCUGAUGGAUGAUGACAUAUGGCACAAGGUGAAAGGGCAGAAAAGGCCGCUCCUUGAUGACGAUAUGGGACAACAGGGUCCGGUGUGUAUAUUAUGGGCUAUGAUUUGACGAGCUGAAUCCUCUUUUCCUUCUUUAAAGUCCCGAUAACUGGAUUACAGACAUUCCUUUCUAUAAGACAUGGGUUAUUUGGUUCACAUCCCCCACUUCCCCCAACUACCUAUCUUAGAUUGUUGUUGGCUUGUUAGACUCCAUCUCUGGAGAUGCUCUUUCUUGAAUCGAACUCGGCUCACGCCCUAAAUUCGCUUUAUUUGACGGCGUGGACUUUGGUUACUGCAUCUAGAAGCGAUCCCAGAGAUUGGAUGCUCGAAGACGUCGCGGGUGUUAGUUCUUGGCGCUAGCCUUGAAGAACUGCCAGGUGUGACAACAGUCAACGCAGAGGUGCUCCUCUUUGAAGGCUUAGACCCCGUGACGGUGUUACUGUACCUCUCGCUUUGUUUAUGUUGGAAAGCCUUGGUAUCACAUUGUCAUUCCAAAAACCAUAUUGUAGCGUUAGAGGUAUCAAUCGUGUUACUAAACGAUAUAUCAAUACAUACACCCAAUAC